UGCCUCAGGCUGCUAUAAUUGGCCGCCUCUCUGGCUGCUCAGACCGCAUAUGUUUUGGUUUGUUUGGCUCCGCCGCUGCGUCUCACUUCCGUGUUGCGUCUCCUUAAAGCAGGAAGCAGAGCGGUGUUGUGUGGGAGCUAAUCUGCUGCUGUUUACCUACAGGUGGUCAGCGGCUAACAGAGACUCUGCAUCCGGAUAGCAGGUGAAGCGGAGCGGCGGGGGAGAAGCUACAUGGAGGCUAACUGACGGGGCUCGGCUGGAACAGUCUGCGGUGCUUUAGCUCCACAAUGCCAGCCGGGGUCUGUGGCUGCUGUGGGCCGCUGAGGCCGAGGUAUAAGCGACUGGUGGACAACAUCUUCCCAGAGGAUCCCAAAGAUGGCCUCAGUAAGUCCGACAUGGAGAAGCUCACCUUCUAUGCUGUCUCGGCACCGGAGAAGCUGGACAGAAUCGGAGCGUACCUGGCUGAGAGGCUGAGCAGAGAUGUGGUGCGACAUCGCUACGGGAAUGUUGUGAUCGCCAUGGAGGCUCUGGACCAGCUGCUGAUGGCUUGUCACUCUCAGAGCAUCAAACCCUUCGUGGAGAGUUUCCUACACAUGGUGGCCAAACUGCUGGAGUCCAGAGAGCCGGACCUGCAGGUUCUGGGAACAAACUCUUUUGUGAAGUUUGCUAACAUCGAGGAGGACACCCCUUCCUACCAUCGUCGCUAUGACUUCUUCGUCUCUCAGUUCAGCGCCAUGUGCCACUCCACUCAUGAAGACCCAGAGACCAGAACCAGGAUCCGUGUUGCUGGGAUCAAAGGUCUUCAGGGUGUGGUGAGGAAGACUGUGAACGAUGAGCUGCAGGCCAUCAUCUGGGAGCCUCAGCACAUGGAAAAGCUGAUUCCCUCCAUGCUGUUCAACAUGCAGGACGCUGAGGACCUGGACAGGGCAGGACAUCCCAGCACCCCAUCGGGGACAGGUCAGGAUGGUGAGGAGAACCCAGCGGUGUUGGCUGAAAACUGUUUCAGGGAGCUGCUGGGCCGGGCAGCAUAUGGCAACAUGAAGAAUGCUGUCAGACCUGUGUUGGUUCACCUGGACCAUCACCACCUAUGGGACCCCAAUGAGUUUGCUGUGUCCUGCUUCAGGAUCAUCAUGUACUCCAUCCAGGCUCAGCACUCUCACCACGUGAUCCAGCAGGUUCUGAACCACCUGGACGCCAACAACAAGAGCACGCCGCGGGUCAGAGCCGGUAUCGUCCAGGUCCUGCUGGAGACGGUGGCCAUUGCUGCUAAAGGGUCUGUGGGUCCGACGGUGCUGGAGGUCUUCAACACUCUGCUCAAACACCUGAGGAUGAGCGUGGACUUCGAGCUGGGCGAGAGCUCCAGGAGGAACUCCAGCAGCAGCGUCUCGUCCGCCCGUGGCAGAGAGAGCGACGAGCGAAUCGUGCAGAACGCCAUCAUCCAGACCAUCGGGUUUUUUGGGGGAAAUCUGCCAGAUUACCAGCGAGCUGAAGUCAUGAUGUUCAUCAUGGGGAAAGUGCCAGUGUAUGGGACCCCCUGCCACACCUUGGACACAGUUAAGAUCGGGCACCAGGGGACCAAGAGGAUCCAGACGAUGCUCCUCAGCUCCCUCAUCAUGGUUACGUCUGGGUUCAAGUCCAAAUCCAUGUCGGCAGCGUUGCCCCCUCCCUUCCUGGACCCGCUCUUCUCCAUCUCGCUGAUGGAGGACAGCGAAUUGAGACAGUUGGUCCUGGAGAUCCUCCAUAACAUCAUCGAUCGCCAUGACAACCGCGCCAAGCUACGCGGCAUCAGAAUUAUCCCAAAUGUUGCUGCUCUGAAGAUUAAAAGGGAGAAAAUUUCUAAACAGGACGUUGCGUUCAUGAAAAAGCAUGGUCAGCAGCUCUAUCGCCACGUCUAUCUGGGUUGCAAAGAGGAAGACAACGUCCACAAAAACUUUGAGCUGCUCUUCACCACUCUGGCCAUUCUGACCAUCGAGCUGGCCAAUGAGGAGGUGGUCGUGGACCUGAUCCGACUCUCCAUUGCACUGCAGGACAUGGCUCUAAACAACGAGGAAAACAUGCCAAUGUCGAUCCGCUGUGGUAUUAUGGCACUCGUGGCAGCGUACCUCAACUUCCUGAGUCAGAUGAUCGCCAACCCACCAUUCUGUCAACAUGUCAGUAAGGUAAUUGAGCUGAGAAGCAUGGAUGCUCCCUACCUGCUGCCUGAACACAUAUUUAGAGACAAGUGUUCUCUUCCUGACUCUUUGGACAAGGAUGACAGACAGCUGUAUUUCCAAACAGCUGACAUGGCCGAGUGUCUGGCAGGGCCAGGGUACAAUGUGGAGAGGUUGUCCAUUCCGUACAUUCCCCAGGUCACAGUGCUUUACACAGUAGGAAAGAUCAUCCACAGGUGCAAGCAGACAUCCAGAGACCGCCUGACCAGGAGGAAGAGUUUUGUGGACACCAUUUCCCUCCAAGUGGACAUGUUGUCCAGCAGCCUCCCAGAUAGGCAGUCGGAGUUGGCUGAGGAGAUCACAUUUGAGACUCUGAAGAAGGCUAUCGAUACAACGGGUUUGGAAGAGCAAGAACGGGAGAAGAGGCGUCAGUUGAUGGAGAAGUUCCAGAAGGCUCCGUUUGAGGAGAUUGCUGCUCACUGCGAGUCAAAGGCCAACAUGCUCCACGACCGUCUGGCUCAGAUCUUUGAACUAACGAUCCGGCCGCCCCCCAGCCCCUCUGGAUUGGUUUCUAUCUCAGCGGGACACACCCAGCAUCCAUCCGUCCCCGUCUACGAGAUGAAGUUCCCGGACCUGUGCGUCUAUUGAACAAAAUCAUCAAAGAUAAUG